GCUUUCACCAAAAGGUGUAGAAGAAAAGUGAGCGAGCCACUGCUCUCUUCACUCUCCUCCUGCUGCUGCUUCAUCCUUCAUUUCACACACGUCUCACAGCUUCUUUCCAUCAUGGGAAACUUUGUAGCCAACGAGGGACUCUCCAGCUUUGUUAUCGUGGUGUGGUUGGGAAUCAACGCCUUCCUUUUCGUGCAGUUCUACCUGGCGUUCCUGGUGGAGCGCUGGUUUUACACCAGGGUUCUGCUCGGGCAAGCUCUGUCGUGGGCCAGAGCUCCUGCCGCCUGCCUCAACUUCAACUGUAUGCUCAUUCUGCUGCCAGUGUGUCGAAACCUCCUCUCCUUCCUUCGUGGCACCAUCCAGUGCUGCAGUCGUGCAGCCGCUCGUCAGCUGGACCGAAACCUGACUUUUCACAAACUGGUGGCUUACAUGAUCGCUUUCCACACAGCCGUGCACAUCGUUGCACACUUGUUCAACUUUGAAUAUUUCAUGGACGCUCAGCUGAAUCGAAACAGCAGCUUCCUGCCCUUCAUCCUCUCUCAGAUCGGCAACGGGGACAACGCGUCCUUCCUGAACCCCAUCAGGACCAACGAGACGAAUCCUACCAUCGUCAUGUUCACCACCAUCGCCGGGGUGACGGGCGUGGUCAUCACACUCGCCCUCAUCCUCAUCAUCACGUCGUCCAUGGAGGUGAUCCGCAGGUCGUACUUCGAGGUCUUCUGGUACACUCACCACCUCUUCGUCAUCUUCUUCAUCGGCCUAGUGUUUCACGGCUUCGGUCGUAUCGUACGAGGACAGACGCCUGCCAGUCAGAAGACAAACGACCCCGACGUCUGUGUCGACCGGUUUGACGACUGGGGAAAGAACGGCUCCGACUGUGCCGUGCCAGAGUUCGCUGGAAACCCGCCGGCGACGUGGAAGUGGGUGGUGGGCCCGAUGAUUCUCUACGUGUGCGAGAGGAUCAUUCGUCUUUACCGGUCCCACCAGAAAGUGGUCAUCACCAAGGUGGUGAUGCAUCCAUCCAAGACGCUGGAGCUGCAGAUGAAGAAGAAAGGCUUCAAGAUGGAGGUGGGUCAGUACGUCUUCAUCCAGUGUCCGUCCGUGUCCCGGCUGGAGUGGCACCCGUUCACGCUGACCUCUGCCCCCGAGGAGGACUUCUUCACCGCCCACAUCCGCAUCGUCGGGGACUGGACUCAGGCUCUGUACGAGGCCUGCGGCGGCGACAAGAACGAGACGGUGGAGGCCUGGAAACUGCCCAAGAUGGCCAUCGACGGCCCGUUUGGCACGGCCAGCGAGGACGUGUUCCGCUAUGAGGUGGUGAUGCUCGUGGGAGCGGGAAUCGGUGUGACGCCGUUCGCCUCCAUCCUCAAGUCUGUUUGGUACAAACGCAUCCAGAAGAACCAGGAUGUUUUCACCAAGAAGAUCUACUUCUACUGGCUGUGUCCAGAGACUCAGGCCUUCGAGUGGUUCGCUGACCUGCUGCAGUCUCUGGAGGGUCAGAUGACGGAGAAGGACAUGAGCGACUUCCUCAGCUACAACAUCUACCUCACACGCUGGAAGGAGACCGAGGCGGCUCACUUCCGUGUUCACCACGAGGCGGAGAACGACCCGAUCACCGGCCUGAAGCAGAAGACUCUUUAUGGGAAACCCAACUGGGACAACGAGUUCACCAACAUUGCGACAAAGCACCCCAGGAGUAAAGUGGGCGUGUUCCUGUGUGGUCCACCUCGUCUGGCAGAAUCUCUGGAGAAACAGUGUCUGUCGCACUCCGAGGCCGACGUCAAGUUCAUCUUCAACAAAGAAAACUUCUAGAAGAAAAAAGAAACGACAGAUGGAAAAUAAUGUGAUUAGAUAUUUUCAUAAAUGUCCAGAGUUUAAGUUCUUUUUUAAUGCACUUACAUUUCAACAAUUAUGCAAAUUAUUUAAAUAUAUUUGUACAUCACACAGUUGUUAAAAUUUGCUUUAAAUGAACCAGUUAAAAAAUAACUUUAGUUUACCUUUUUAAUUUGUGAUCAGUUUGUCUGAACCUGCAGAAUCUUCAUGACAACAAACUGACGCAAGACAGUUUUUUAUUUUAACUUUUUUUUAUUUUAACCACAAAAUAAACUAAUUUGGUCACAGAAAGAAAGACAAACGUAAACACAUUAGAUAAAGUGUUGUUACAAGGACGUGGUGAAAACUGAGGAACCUCCAUUAAACAAAGGUGACUUUGUUCUUCAAAGUAAUGUUACCACUGUUUCUAAACAGAGAAUAAAAACUGUUUUAUCUGA